AUGCCCGACCCCGAUCGCGCCCCGCUCGGGCCGCGCGCGGGCGAGCGCGCGUACGGCGCGGGCGAUCCAUCGUGGACGCGCGACGGCGGUGUGAAUGGUGUUGCGCGCGAUGACGACGUCGUGCUCGCGCGGGAGCGACGGAAAGCGACCCGGGUGCGCGGGAAAGGGACGCUGUAUAUGUUUGUCGUCGUCGCGUGCGCGAGCGUGGGCGCGGUGGGGCGAUUGGGUCGUUCGGGGGGGGCGACGCGGCGCGGCGCGUUGGGACUCGGGCGCGACGGAGGCGCGCUGCCGGCGAAUUUCUUCGGUGAGAUGGGGGGGGGGGUGGACGAUCGGGUAGGGUCUGGGGGGGUGCGAGCGUCGACGUCGGCGUCGACGGGUGCGCUCGCGGCGAUGCGUAACGACGCCCGGCUCGGGGUUCCGGGUCUGGCGGCGCACGUCGCAGAGAGACGCGACCCGGAGAGCGACGACGCGAGAAUUUUAGUCCUGACGAAGCCGUUCGAGUGGGGGAUGACGUAUUUACAAAUAGCGAGCGUUAAGAGAUGGGCGCCGAAGUUGCUGCCGCACAUCACGGUGCUGACGUACGACGAGGCGACGCAAAAGUCGUGCGAGGCGCACCGCGGGGUGGAUUGUUUCUUCGACACAGAUUUCGUUCGACAGUUCGGAGCGAACGUGAACGACGGUAAGGCUAGGGAUGCGAUGUCGUGGCGUAAGGUGCACGCCGCGCUGGAGCUCCUCAGGGCGAAGGUUUCCGUGGUUAUUUUAGAUUCAGACACGGUGUUCCUCUCCGAUCCCACCGAGGCGUGGACGAACGCGUUGGAGAAGUACGAUGUCAUCGUGAGCUCGGACGUCGGUGACGAGCGUGAGGCGCAGGGAAACAUGAACACAAAAAUGGUGAUCUUCCCCGCGAGCGCGCGGAGCGAGGAGAUUUGUGAAAAAUGGCUCGAAGGUGAAUCGCGUUUGGUGUCAAACGUCAAUUUCGGAGAGUACCCAGAGCAGUCCUUCUGGAAUUACGUCCUCGUCCCUACGAACGCGGGGAGGUAUCACAUCCACGCCAUGAGCACGGCGGAGUCUAGUAACUUCAUUACCGCCGCCGCAGGCGCAGACGGGACGUUUCCUGGCACUCACACCGUCACCGCCUCGUACUGCGGCGACACUGAGGACAAGGAACAAUUUCUCCAGCACAUCCUCGAGACCAAGCAUAACGCCGAGGCCAAGCUCGGGAUCGGACCGAAAUCCGUCACCGAUCCCUCUAACACCGCCUUACCGCUGCAUUCGGCCACGGACUUCGACCACGACGGCGUCGCCGACGCCGCCGCGUUUCCGCACCCAGACCUCAAAUGCGACCACGUCAAGCGCAGGCUCGUGGCGGAGAAGCGUUUCGCCGUCACGUCCGAUCGACACAUCACGUGGACGUGA